AGAGCAAACGCGAGUAUCUACGCCACCUGAAGGCUGCUCAACCGCCUUUUACGCACACUAUCCAGCGAAAAGCAGCCCAGGUCUAAUCAUGAUUAAGAAGAUGUCGCCCUCCGAAAGCGAUUUUGACAUCCCCGCAAAGAACUGCUACAGGAUGGUGAUUUUGGGAUCCACCAAAGUUGGGAAAACUGCCAUCGUGUCCCGUUUUCUGAACGGGAGGUUCGACGAGCAGUACACGCCGACCAUCGAGGACUUUCACAGGAAACUGUACAGCAUCAAGGGAGACGUUUACCAGCUAGACAUACUGGAUACAUCAGGGAACCACCCUUUCCCCGCUAUGAGGAGACUGUCCAUACUGACAGGUGACGUGUUCAUCCUCGUCUUCAGUCUGGACAACAGAGACUCCUUCCAGGAGGUGCAGCGGCUCAAGCGUCAGAUCUUCGAGACCAAGUCGUGCCUAAAAAACAAAAUCAAAGAAAACAUCGAUGUGCCUCUGGUCAUCUGCGGAAACAAAGGCGACAGAGAGUUUUACCGUGAGGUGCAGCAGGACGAGAUCGAGCAGCUUGUGGCCGGAGACGAGAAGUGCGCGUACUUCGAGAUCUCCGCCAAGCGCAACGAGAACGUGGAUAAGAUGUUUCAGACUCUGUUUACCUUGGCCAAGCUACCUCACGAAAUGAGCCCCGACCUUCACCGGAAAGUGUCCGUGCAGUACUGCGACAUGCUGCACAGAAAGUCUCUGAAAAACAAGAAGAUGAAGGACAUUGGGGAAGCGUACGGGAUGGUCACUCCGUGCGCCCGGAGACCCAGCGUGCACAGCGACCUCAUGUACAUUAAAGAGAAGGCCAUAGGGGGCGGCCAGGGUAAAGACAAAGAGAGAUGUGUGAUCAGUUAAGCUGAGUGCGAGGCACAAACUGAACACAAAUCUUUGAAUGAAGGCAGCCUGGUGCGUCAGUUUGAGAGACGACCUGUGCGGCCGGCUGCGCUCAGACUGACAAGCGAGGUGUGGAGACGCCGGGGCCGCCGCCGCGCGCUCUGGCGCAGGCGCCGUCUCCAGGGACACUGACUGGACAAGAGAGUCCGCUCGAACCGCCAAAACAGACAUUUGAGAAUGUUUGCUUGUUCUGUCAAUCAGAGCCCGAUGUGUGACGUGGCUUCAUACCUUGUGAGACUCGCGCAUCGAUGCGUAAAAUGUGUUUUGUUGACGUCAUGCCUUUCACAGAUGCCAGAGGGGAGAGAAAAGAGACUCUUGGCGCCGAAGGUGCAGUGUUAGAGGGGGAAAUAAUGUUGUUUACAUCUUAUAUAUUUUAUAAUUGCGAAGUACACUUGAAUGUCUCGUUGCAACUAUUUUUUAUUGUGAAUGUAUAUUUAUUGUUAAUGUCAGUUUUUGCAAAGAAGUCAAACAAAAUCUUAAUAUAAUUAAAAAAAGAUAAACUUA